AUAACAGUGUACGCCAUGUAAUGGUCACCAGAUAUCCAAACGUCUAGACACGAUCGGUAUUGACGAGACAAUCACUCCAGUAAGGAGGUGACAGCCUUAAUAUCGGACGUCCGCAAGAUGCUCAUCAACCCAAGGCUAGCGGUCGCCAGGAUAGAUGCAGAGCAAUAUAGAGUUCGCAAGCUGGCACGACAACCACACAAUAGCCCGGCUGUCUGUGCCAAUCUCACUUCAUGCCUUGCCCUAACCAAGAGUUCGAGAACUGCAAGCAUCUAACCACGAAAAGAUUUUGAGGAAUAUAAAGAGAUGAGGAGGUGUCGUGAAGGAAGUGAUCGUGUCGACCAUCGAAGCUCAGCAUCGCCAACCUUGCACCCACAACAAUACAAACAUUUCAAGACCCUUAAACAAAGAAAUGCACUUUUCAGUUCUUGUCAAUGCCGCCUUUGCCAGCUCGGCGUUAUCAAUGCCCUCACUCGCCUCGGCCAUUGCUCCCCGUCAAGAGAGUGCUUGCCUGACCAGGGCCGAAGCCAAAGACAUCGUGGACAUCUACGUCCAGUUGAUCGCCAACUACACGGACGAUGUAUGCGCCAAGUACUGCGCCUCGAACUUUGUCGACCGAUCUGACAGCAUCAACACCUUCAUCUUCACGCCUCUCAGGGAGCCGACCUUUGCAACCAAGGAGAUCUUUAUGUCGGCGCAAAACGCGAACCCGCCCUUCCCGGUCGUCCUCGACAGCAUCGAUGCCAUCGACUGCGAAGCCGUCGCGCUCCAUUGGCACACGACGUUUGGCGCCGCCAACCUCCCCAGCAAGGGCAUCACAAUCAUCGGCACGACCAAGCGUGAAGGGUAUGCGCAGAUUAAUAGCCUCGAUGUCGAGUUCAAUAGCUUGAUCUGACU